AUGGCCUCGAGACGGGAGCAGACGGUCGUUGUGCUUUUUGUCGCCGCGUGCUUUACCGUCAGUCCGUCUUCGUCCGAGGCACAAGACAAUUACGAUCGAUAUCUAACCAAGCUGAAAACUGUAUCCGGACUAAUUAAAAAUGAAGCCCUGGCAUCACGGUAUCUAGAAGAUAUUGCGGAUGACAUUACUACGUUAUACAGUGUUUCAGUUUACUCCAGCUGGGACUACCUCAACAAUCUGACGGAUCACAACCAGCAAAAAUCGGGUGAGGUGAGUGUGCAAACAACCAAAACGUGGCGAGAAUUCGCAUUAACAGCCAAACAGUUCGACUACAAGUCAUUCAAAAAUGUGACCCUCCGACGCAUUCUUCGUCCGAUGAGCGACCUCGGCUCUGCAGUCCUCGACGAUGCAGAACUGAACCAGAUGGAGAAUCUCAGUUCGACCAUGUCACGGGUGUACAGCUCAUCCCUGGUUACAGUUGGUGGAAAGCAGAAUCUAUCUCUGACUCCAAAUCUCACAGCUAUAAUGGCAAAAGUUGGAAACUACACUGAGCUCCAGGAGGCUUGGACAGCAUGGCACGACACCGUGGGUCGCAAGGAGAGAGAAUUGUAUAUCCCGUUCGUCCAACUCCUGAACAAGACCGCCACACUCAAUGGUUACGGCAACGUGAAAGAUAAAUGGCUUGAGAACUACGAAAUGGAAAACAUUUCGGAUGUGAUCGACACCGUAUGGGAAGAGGUGGCGCCACUCUACAAGAAACUUCACGCUUUCGUGAGGAUGAAACUGAAGUCUAUCUACAAAGGAAAACUGCCUGCAGACGGCACAAUCCCAGCACACCUGCUUGGAAACAUGUGGGCACAAUCAUGGGAUAACCUUUACGCGAAUCUCAGCAGCGGAUCUCCGUUGGAUGUGUCUGAAGAACUCGUUAAGCAGAAGUGGACUGUGCAUAAAAUGUGGAAAACGGCUGAAGCUUUCUUUGUAAGCAUGGGUUUGCCAAACAUGACAGACACCUUUUGGAACAAGUCUGUAAUGACCAAACCAACAGACCGGGACAUCAUGUGCCAUGCGACGGCGUGGGAUUUUUUCAGCCAUAACGAUUUCAGGAUAAAGAUGUGCACGCAGCUGAACAUGGAAGAUUUGGGAACCAUACAUCACGAAAUGGGCCACAUCAUCUACUACAUGCUCUACGAGCACCAGUACCCUACCUUCAGAGAAGGUGCCAAUGAAGGCUUCCACGAAGCUGUGGGUGAUUUAAUUGGACUCUCCUCGUCCACGCCUUCCCAUUUGCGUCGACUGGGACUCCUGAAAAACGAUACUGAAAUAAACAAUAUUGACGGGUUGUUGAUGAAAGCACUAGAAAAGGUUGCAUUCCUGCCAUUCGGACUUUUGCUGGACAAAUGGAGGUGGUCUAUCUUCACCGGAGAAACCCCCUUCGAGCAAAUGAACAAGAAAUAUUGGGACCUGAGAAUACGGUACCAGGGAGUGUCUCCUCCAGUCAAGAGAAGUGAAGAGGAUUUAGAUGGAGCGGCCAAGUAUCACGUCCCUAGUAACACUCCCUACCUACGGUACUUUGUAGCCUUCAUACUUCAAUUCCAGUUCCACGAAUAUUUGUGCAACCUGACGUGCGCCGGCACACCUCUGCACGAGUGCAACCUGUACGGCCAGAAAAUGGCGGGCCAAAUCUUGAGGAAAGGCCUCUCUCUCGGCGCCAGUCAACCUUGGCCUGAAACUCUAGAGAUAAUGGCCGGAACUCCAAAAAUGUCCGGGUCAUCAAUUAAGCGCUACUUCGCUCCUCUUGAAGAAUGGCUUGAUGAGCAAAUUGAAAACGAGACCGUCGGCUGGGAUUGUGCCACAGUUGAUGACUACUGGAAUGAGGUCUCACCAGACAAGAGCAACGAAUCAAGGACGCCAGAAAUCAAAGGAUAAUUACUGAUGACUGCGCCAGUCAAUGAAACUGCCAUUUAACGCAGCAAGUGAAUCCAGCGAAGUAUAUUAAAAUAAAUGGGUGGGAAGGAAUAAAUUGAUGCGGUUCAAAAUAAAAA